AUGGCUACGACCAAGAAUGGCGCCGCGCCAAGCGGGCCUGCGCCUGCUGCGCCACCAAAUCACACCAAGUUUAUUUUUGGCGGUCUGGCCGGAAUGGCUGCCACUUGCUUCGUCCAGCCCUUGGACCUCAUCAAGAACCGCAUGCAGCUGGCUGGUGGGUGGCGUGGGGGUGGGCAGAGCCUUUCCUUUGCUCAAACACUAUCCGCCAUCGUGCGCAACGAGGGCGCCCUAGCCGUCUAUACUGGGCUUUCCGCUGGACUCUUGCGUCAGGCCACUUACACGACCACGCGUCUUGGGGUUUACACCACCCUUUUUGACCACUUCAGCAAUCCCAACGGCACUCCUCCAAGCUUUGCGACCAAAGUAGCCAUCGGCUUGACCGCUGGUGCCUCUGGCGCCAUUGUUGGCACCCCGGCCGAAGUGGCAUUGAUUCGCAUGUCUGCCGACGGCGCCCUGCCUGCCGCUGAGCGUCGCGGCUACACGGGUGUAGGAAAUGCCCUAGUUCGCGUUGCUCGCGAAGAGGGCAUUGCCACCCUUUGGCGUGGGUGUGUGCCAACUGUGGCUCGCGCCAUGGUGCUCAAUGCCACCCAGCUGGCUUCAUAUUCGGAGGCAAAGCAAGCUAUUCAGAGCAAUUAUCAAGUGCCUGAUGGCCUCAAGCUUCACUUUCUGGCGUCGAUGGUCAGCGGCGUUCUCACCACAGUGGCCUCCAUGCCGGUCGACAUUGUCAAAACACGCAUCCAAAACAUGCGUACGAUCAACGGCGUGCCAGAGUAUUCGGGUGUCGCAGAUGUACUCGGCAAGGUAGUCCGCCAAGAGGGCUUCUUCGCCCUCUGGAAAGGGUUUCUGCCCUACUACUCGAGGCUGGGACCUCAUACCGUCCUGACCUUUAUUUUCCUUGAGCAACUAAACAAGCUGUAUGCUUCAUUUGCCUCCUACUAA